AUGACUGAAGAUAAUAUCAAGCCUGUUACAAAAGAAACAAUUGUUAAAGAUAAUAUCAGCAGAGCUGACAUGGCCAAUCCUAUCUUGUACCAAGAAUUACGUGAAAAUAUCAAAAUGGUAAUCAAGUCUUUAACAGAGCAACAGAAUACUAUCAUGGCGAUAUCCAGUAUUCGUAGACAAGUAGAGAAUAAAAAAAUCCAGAUUUCUCUCUGCCAAUUACUGGAGAUAGUGAAACCUGAGAUUCAGCAGGAUAUUAUAAACUCGAUAGCAAACCCAGAUAUUUCUCAGAGAAAUCGUACGCUAAAAGAAAAAAAAACAAUUUUUAACGAUACCGCAUCUGAAAGCGCAAUUAAUCUUGAUCAUAGAUAUGAAAUCGUCUUGCUUGCUUAUAAGAAACUCCUCUUUUUCUAUAAUUGA